UGGUGGGGUGGGGUGGGCAGUUUUCCGUCCCGAGCUCGGGCCGGCAGGCGAGGUCCGGUGUGUGUGUCCGCUGUGUCCCGUCCUGUCCCGUCCCGUCCUUAGGGGUGGGGUGGAGUGGAGGGUGGGGGUCCUCCCCGGGGGGCCAUGGCCAGCGACGAGCUCGCCCACAAGCUGCAGCGCCGGCUGAGGCUGGAGGAGCGGCCGGGCCCGGCGGGGCAGGAAGGACCGGACACGGACAAGGCUCCGGACACGGCUCCGGACAAACCGAUGACCGCCAACGCCGACCGGGAGCUGAGCGCUUUGCUGAACCGCCGGCAGGACAUCAACCAGGGAGCCGCCCCGCCCCGCCAGGCCAGGGUCUUCAACCCCUACACCGAGUUCAAGGAGUUCAGCCGCAAGCAGAUCAAGGACAUGGAGGCCACCUUCAAGCGGUAUGACUCUGGAAAAGAUGGUUACAUCGACUUGAUGGAACUGAAACUGAUGAUGGAGAAACUAGGGGCCCCUCAAACCCACCUGGGUCUGAAAAAUAUGAUCAAGGAGGUGGAUGAGGACUUUGAUGGCAAACUCAGCUUCCGGGAGUUUCUGCUGAUUUUCCACAAGGCUGCAGCAGGUGAACUUGAAGAAGACAGUGGGCUGCUGGCUUUAGCUAAGCUCUCAGAGAUCGACGUUGCCCUCGAAGGUGUAAAAGGAGCCAAGAACUUCUUUGAAGCCAAGGUUCAAGCCUUGUCAUCAGCCAGUAAAUUUGAAGCGGAGAUAAAGGCAGAACAAGAUGAAAUGAAGCGAGAGGAGGAGGAGAGAAAAAACCGCAGAGCCGCCUUCAGGGAACUCAAAUCAGCAUUCACUCAGUAACUGCCCCCUGAUUGAACCGCCAGAGACUUACCUUAACUUCCGCCAGCUGUGCCUGACAAGAGAGACCCUCCAACUCUGCAAAGUAUCACCCAGGGUGACCUGUCUCGGCCUGGAAGCCCUGUGUACUUUAUCCUUCUCGACAUUCCCCUCCCUUCAUUUGGAACUUUAUAGCCUGGUGCUGCUUAGAGGAACUGUGGGAGGGAUGGGUUAUCCCCCUUAUGAAAGCUCGUGAGGAAACGGAGAGGGUCAGCCGGGCACCCUUUUUAUAAAAGGGCGAUUGCUUCCCGGAGUUUCCAAAAUUCACCCUCUCACUCAGCAUCCACUUCCUCAUCCCACCAUAAGAAGAUUCGGGACUCUGUCCUGUCACCGGACGUGGGGCGCUGUUUUUUCCUUGGAGAUUUUACUUUCCCUCAGCCUCAUUUCCUUUGUUUUUAUCAUUCCAGAGAAAGAGUGUUUUAUCUGUUUGGUAAGCAGGAUUUAUAAAUAUUCCUUUAUUCUAUUUUCUAUGUAGGAUUGACUAUUUUUCUACAGUUCAUUAGAGGCCUGUGGCUGCCCCAGGGCUUAUUUUUUUCCCCCACUUUUUUUUUUCUGAGUCUCCUCCUCAAUCUUUUCCCUUGCUACAUUCUCUUGAUAGCCUGUAUUUGAAUACCCAUCCUCACUGGGCCCUGUUGCAUCUCCCUGGGAUUGUGGAGGGCCUUCUUUAAAGCCAGGAGUGCUCUUUCCCUCUCCAACACUAGCAUAGGUGGUGAUGGGGGUGAUGGAGGCACCAGGAGACAUUUUCACCACCCACCCCCAUACCAGGUACUUCACCAAGUGGAGGCUGGGAAAGGAGCGGUGAAGGGAGGACGGCAGCUGCGUGAAGAAGUCAAAAAAACAAGUCUGCCACUGGCUCCCCCGGCUCAGACUGAGAUAUCUAAAUCAGUUCCUUCUCUGAAGGAGAGCUAAAAGUCAGGUUGGGGAGGCCCUAAACACCUGGGCGGAUGUUUCACGUGUGCUCAGUUGCCUCUGGAGGCUGUUAGGUGUGGAAGUAGCAGAAGUCAGCGAGGCAUUGUGCAUGUGCAGUAGCACUCAUGCCGUGACCCUGCAGCCCUCAGUCAGAAACAGGAUGUUCUAGAGAUGUUGAAUAGGAAUCCAGCCCAGUGGAGUUGGGUUUGGACCUGGCCCGUUCAGGUGGAGGUUGGGCCCUAGCUGGGGCUGACUUCAAGGGAUCCAUCGGCAACACCAAGCCUGAACUGGGCUCUAUAGAGAUCCACCCAUCCCCUUCUCUGCUUUCAACCAUACACACACACACACACACACACACACACACACACAAACUCCCUCCCUCUCCCCCGCCCCACCUCCUCUCCAUCUUCAAUGGAGCCAGCUCACUGAGUGAACAUUAUAAUAGAAAAUUUCCCAAGCUGGACACAUUCACAAACCUCCCUCCUAUUUCUCUCCCUCCACCUCCUCCCCAUCUUCAGUGGAGCCAGCUCACUGAGUGAACAUCAUAAUACAAGACUUCCUGAACUGGACCCUGUCCCUCUCUCUCCUCCCCCUCUUCUCUCUCCCUCCCCACCUUCCUCCCCAUUUUCAAUGGCACCAACUCACUGAGUGAACAUUAUAAUAGAAGAUUUCCUGAGCUGGGUGGCUGGAAGACUCCUAUAAAAAGAUCUUGAAACCAAUUGUCACUUCCCUAGUUAGCCCUUUCAUGGUUAUGCCACCUAGGCAGUUAUAAGAGUACUCCUCUCUCCCCUGAGUUCCUGAGCUACAUAUGCGAAGCUAACUCUGAGCCCAAUCCUCUUGUCGUGCGAGUUCUGUCCUUUGAUCUGUUUGCCCCGCUGUCUGUGAAGGGUUCGGACCCAUCUCUAUUCUGGGGGGCUGUUAGCGUGGGAAAAUAAUUUUGAAGAGGUGGAAGAAUCACUAAAUCACUACUAAAACUUUAUCCACAAAUCAUAAUAUUUUAUAAAUCACGCUUUUCAGCUCGAUAUUUAUUUUAAAAUGGGUUUUGUACUUCAGUUUUGUAAGUGCCCCCUUAAUAAUAAUGCAGAUGAGUGUAUUUCUUCUCUGUACUUUUUUUCUUGCUAAAUAAAUUGUGCAAAUAAAACUAAAGUUGCACCAA